AUGCUCGAAGAAGACAUCCACCUCAUCACACAGCUGCCGCAGAAUGCCUGGUUCGAAGGCUUUGCUAUCCGGCCCAACGGCUACCUGCUAGUGUCGCGGCUGGACGAGCCGGUCCUGUACACCUUUGAUGCCGAGGACAGGGAAGCCGAGCCCGAGGAGGUGCACAUUUUCGAAGACGCCACAGGCCUCAUCAAUCUGUGCCCAAUCCCUGGCCGACACGAUGAGUACGCCGUCAUCAGCGGUAGGCCCGACAUAGACGACAUGCAGUUUAAUAACAAGUACUAUACCGUGUGGCGCGUCGCCUUCUCCGAGACGUCGGACGUCACCGUCACCAAGCUGGCAGACCUGGACGACUACGGCUUCUCAAUCGGCAUCAUCCCAGUCAACGAGCACACUCUGCUGGUGGCCGACACCUUCCUCAACCGCAUCUGCAGCCUGGACAUCGCCACGGGCAAGAGCUCCGUGCUGAUGGAGGACCCCAGCAUGAAGGCGGUCGACGGCGCCCCGUUCGGGCUCAACCGCCUGCGCAUCGCAGUCGGCUACGUCUGGUUUACAAACACCAGCGCCGGGACCCUCUGUCGCUUCCCCAUCUCCACCGACGGGCCCAGCAUCAAAGCCACGGGCCCUGUGCAGAUCAUAUGCGAUGAUGUGGAGCACUGCGACGGUUUGGCCAUCGCUCCCGACGCAAGCGCCGCGUGGACCUCGAGCAUGGCCAACGACUGGCUAUGGAGGAUAGACCUCGACAAGGACGGCGACGAGGUCAUUGCAACCACCACGGUCGUCAAGGAGAACCUCUACAGCCCCACCGCGGUCGAGCCCUUCUACGACAACGACGACAGGCUAAGGCUGUACGUCGUAUGCAAUGGGGACAGGGAGGAACAGCAAGCGUGGAUCAAGAAGGGCGACUCAAACCCUUGGGCUGAUUUUCACAACGUCAGGAUCACGGAGAGCGUAUCAGUGUCCGUUACAAGAGGCGAGUGA